AACAAGUCGUAAAUUAUUCGCUUGGUGCCUACUCACUCAAAAGCUUUUUGUGUAAAGAGCACCAAACGCAAAGCAAAUUCCGUGAUAAAGCAAAAAUGGCUGCGAUAUUUAAGUGCAAAUCGGUAAUCGGAGGCAGCGGGUUGAACUUACGCUUCUUUUCAACGUCAAAACAGCGACUAAGUCAAAGCUACAAAAUUGUCGUUGUGGGCGGAGGCGCCGGCGGAUGUUCAGUUGCGGCCAAAUUCAGUUCACUUCUUCCGAAAAACCACGUCGCGAUCGUUGAGCCCAGUGAUAUCCAUUUCUACCAACCAAUGUGGACAAUGGUUGGCGGAGGGAUGAAAAAACUUGAACAAUCUGGACGGCCCAUGGGUGAAGUCCUGCCCAAAAAUGCUCGCUGGAUUAAAGAGCGUGCUAGCCAAUUUUUUCCUGAAGAAAAUCGUUUGGUCACAGCUUCUGGCGAAGAAAUCAAUUAUGAUUACCUUGUCAUAGCUAUGGGAUUGCAACUCGACUACAAUAAGAUAAAAGGAUUACCAGAGGCUUUUAAUACCCCAGGUGUAUGUUCGAAUUAUUCGACGCUUUACGUUGGGAAAACUUUAGAAUCCUUAAAAAAUUUCAAGGAGGGUAAUGCCAUUUUCACCUUUCCGAAUACUCCAGUCAAAUGCGCUGGUGCACCUCAGAAAGCCAUGUACAUCUCUGAACAGUAUCUUGUGAAGCACAACAAAAGAGAUAAAGCCAACGUGAUGUUUAAUACGUCAUUGGGCGUUAUUUUUGGAGUAAAGAAAUAUGCCGAUGCACUGGAAAAAGUUGUAAAAGAGAGGAAUAUCGCCGUGAAUUUCCAACACGAACUUGUAGAAGUGAAACCGGAUACAAAGGAAGCAGUCUUUCGCUUGCUCGAUGAUCCAGCAGGAACAACGAAAACCUUCAAGUAUGAAAUGCUUCACGUGACUCCACCAAUGAGUUCGCCUGCAGUGCUUAGAGCUAACAAGCAACUGACUAACAAAGCCGGUUAUGUCGAGGUCGACCGAUCUACACUACAGCACGUGCGCUUUCCUAAUAUCUUCGGAAUUGGUGACUGUACGAGUCUGCCCACCUCCAAAACAGCAGCUGCUGUUGCUGGACAGAACAAAAUAGUGUUUGAUAAUCUAAGGCUCCUAAUGGAUGGAAAAAAACUAUCUCAAAAGUACGAUGGGUACACUUCUUGUCCUCUGGUUACAGGAUAUUCAAAAUGCAUUUUGGCGGAGUUUGAUUAUGACGGAAAACCGCUGGAGACGCUUCCAAUCAACCAAGCUAAAGAGAGAAUGACGUCUUUCUUUAUGAAAAAAGAACUGAUGCCACAACUGUAUUGGAAACUUAUGUUAAAUGGAUGGUGGAACGGGCCCAGUACAAUCAGAAAGAUUCUACAUUUGGGAACUGGUCAUUGAGCGAACCUUCGAAUCAUACUGAUACAACGUGAUAAGCAUCAUGACAAGCCGAAUUGCGCAAAUUUAACACUUUAAUGCAAAAUUUGAAUAUAAAUGUUUUUUUUUAAUUCCAGACAAAUCAAAUGACCAAAUAGCAAUCAGGGAUACCGAAACACAAUUCACAGAAUAAUUUAAGAAGUGAUUCCAAGACUUUACAGUAAAAACGAUACAGGUAACGCGGUUAUUUAGCUUUCUAAAGUUUUGGUCAGAUUGGCAGUGAAAUGAGACUAAAGAAAUAGGACUGACAACUGUCAGUUGUAUUUUGUUUCACUCGUGUUCCAUUUGCUACUGUUGGACAGCUCUAACUCACAGCGUUAUUGAAGUCGGGAAUCGACUUCGUGACUGAUUACUACUGAAUUCUCAGAGCGGUAACUAGGCGAGCAGCUCAGAGCACGCUCGCAUUUCCAGUGAGUUAUGCCAACUCUGCUAUUAAGCGACGUGUUUAAAAUAUUGCUGUCGUUAUGCAUGUAUAUGCAUCUUUAAAUCAAUUUCUCGGAGAUUGUGCCAUGCGGACAGCCUGAUUCAAAAUUAGUGCCGAAAUAUUUGGAUGUUACGGUCUGUGAGGUUUUUAGCGCAAACCGCACAUCAAUUGGAUACAGAGAAUCACCGUGCUACUCAAAACAAAAACAAGAUGUUAAAGCUUAUAUAAAUCAGCAUUGAUGAGCUCACAUUCAUUUCAGUAAGGUUUCAAGUUUGACUAUUGUAGCUUCUUCGCAUCUUAUUUGCAGGAGUUGAGGUAGAGGAAAUCAUUACCAUAGCCAAUAUGAAACAUCUUCGUAUUUCAAAGGUAAUCGGUGCAGCCAUUCUGAUCCUAUUGGCGGUAUCAGCCAUAAUCGUGCCUUUCGCCCACUCCUUCGAACAUGAUACUCUCUCGAAAUUGAAUGCCGAGCGCAGAACAAACGAGAUUAAAAAAAGAACUCAAUCACACGGCGAGAGCAAUUAUAUCAGUGUUUAUCGUACGCCUCAAGUGCAUCACCAGUUUAAGCCAUUGAUUUCACGACGUGACACUUCCAUAUCAACGCGCAAUCACGAUGAAGCACGUAAGGUAGAAAUUCGGGAAGUGGCUACAGGCAUCUUGGGAACUGGCUUUCUUCAUUUUCUGAUAUUUUUGAAAAAUUGGAUGCAAAAUAUGUUCUAUGAUUUGCAUCAAAUAUAUUUCUUUUGAUAGCUAAA